AUGGUCGAGCUAAAACCAAUCUUCAAAAAGGCCUAUUGGGCACUAGCAGCUGGUGGUCUGCUCUAUGUCAUUUUCAUUUAUGCUCUGACUUUUCCAGAGGUCCAGCGCUUUUGUCUCUACGCCCAUAAAUUCAAUCCAAGCUACUGGCAAGAUCUGAAUCAGGUCGAGCAAUUUGGAUUCCUAAAGACUCAGGUUCAGCCCUUCAACUUGGUGACGCCUGACAAUGAAACCCUUUAUGGCUGGCAUCUUCUGCCUCUACAUCUUGUACAUGAACAUGAGGAGGAGCUGAUGCAGAACAUACCAUCUGGCCCAGCACAAGAUUACACUCAAACCGUUGCUUAUAAGACUUUGGCUAAUAAUCCCAACGCCAGAGUUGUGGUGAGCUUCCAUGGGAAUGCAGCUCACCUGGGGUCUGCCAAUCGACCAAAUGGAUACAACACUCUACUAGCCCUAUCGACUCCGGACAAGCCAGUUCAUGUAUUUGCAAUCGACUACCGCGGAUUUGGUGUAUCGACCGGCAGUCCUACUGAAGAAGGUCUCAUAACCGACGGUGUAUCCCUACUCAACUUCCUUACUGCAGGUCCGCUCAAAAUUCCUACAUCAAAGAUUGCGAUCGUGGGUCAGAGCCUGGGCACAGCAGUCACAGCAGCAGUUGCCGAGCGCUUUGCAUAUGGCUCGCCCGACCCGACAGCCAUCCAGCCAGCCAUUAAAGAUGCUGAGCCAUUUGCCGGAGUCAUCCUCCUCGCAUCCUUCAGCAGUCUCACCAAUGUAAUCGAAUCAUAUAGUAUCAAAGGUUUCACGCCACCGAUGCUCUCUCCGUUGAUUGGUUACCCUCGGUUCCAAAAGUGGGUGCUCGGUCAUAUUAUGGAUCACUGGGAUACAGCCGGCAGGGUCGCUCGCCUAGCAGGCAUCAAUAUUUCCGAGCCGGAUGCCUUCGGCUUGAAGUAUUCCCAGAAAGAUCUGGAUCUUACGAUCGUGCAUGCCUUGAAUGACGCAGAUAUUCCCUGGUACGAAGGACGUCGGGUAUGGGCUGCUGCCACCGGCGAGAAUAUUGAAGGGGCUCCUGGGGCCUUAACAUUUGAAAAGUCUGAAAUCGGCAGCUCCAACCAGAUCCAAGUCUGGGAGAACAGGUUCUUCGGCACAGAUGGAGUCCAGGUUUUGAAAAAGGUACGAUGGGAGCGUAUCAGAUAUGGAGGCCACAACCGUGUUGCUUCUUCCUCUGUUGCAGGUCUUGCAGUUUUAAGGGCAUUCGAAACCUGA